GCUUUGUUUUUGUUUAGUUUUGCAGGUUUACAGUUUACAUGUGUGUUUGUUUUGGAAAGCUCCAUUGGUCGAGAUGGCAGGUGCGGAUUCGGGCAUCGAAACUGGAAGCGAUAGCAAUGGUAGCAACAGCAUGUCCGUAGGAUCUCCACCAAGGAUUAACCAGGAACAGGACGAUCGCGAUCCAGUUGUGGAAGAUGAGCCGACGGAUCCGCCUGCUGGACUCAGCUUCCAAAACGUCCGAGCACUGCCCAGCCAGUACGGCUACUACGCAGAGUCCGCGACGGAAGAUAAUGCGGUACCCCUGCUGCUCCAACGUCAGGGGCAGUGCAGCUCCUUCGGAAAAAUGCGCUUUCGACACCGGUGGCGGAGGAGAGAGCUCAGGGGAGAUAUGAGAGUCAUGGGGGUCUUGGGUGAACGCAAACUCCGCAUUGCGGCGAUCUCCAACAAGGUCGAAGUCGUGCGAUGUCUUCUCGAAGAGAGGGUCAACCCUUGUGCGGCGGAUGAACGCAAGCGCACCGCUCUGCAUUUUGCAUCUUGUAAAGGCAACAUUGAAAUUGUUAACUUAUUGCUCGAAUAUGGGGCAAAUCCUAACCAAAAGGACAUUGUUGGCAAUACACCACUUCAUCUAGCCGUAUGUACAAACCACACGGAGGUAAUCACGGCCCUGCUGAGAGCAGGAACGGAUGUCAAUUCCUUGGACAACUCUGGCCGGACCCCGCUGCACCUGGCCCAGUCGAAGCUACGCCUCUUGCAUUCUGACAUAGCACGGUCGUCAGAGAAUCUCAAGCAUGAAGUCAUGCAGGUGAUAGAAAUGAUGCAGGUGUACCUGCAAAGAAGCGGAAAAGCAAUGGAGAGUGACCUCUUGGGUGCAUUCUCGACGAGGCUGCAGCUCCAUCGGACACGUGAAGAGGUAGACAACGACGUUCAAGACCUACUUUCAAGUUUGGCGCACCUGAGUUUACAGCGUACUUGAAAUUUUAAAUGGUGCUACGAGCUCUCACGAAGAUGUCGACCAACGACAAUGCCGACUGCCGCAGGAAAUGAUUUUAGCGCAGCUACAAAUUGACGCCGCUGUAAAGCGUGUACAGUUUAGGUUAUUUUAAGGCGCAGAACUUCGUUCAAGUUCGUAAGCAUGGCAUGACCUCUCGUCGUAAGUGUUGUGUCUAUGUGGAAAAUAAAAGUGCUGCAUCCGG